UCGUCCCCACUCGGAAAAAGAUGAUUAGAAAUGGGCAUUUCACGCCAUUGCCAGUCCCCAAGCUCAAAAGGCGAGUACAAUUUCGCUUUAUCAGCAGCCUUACGAGUCGCAAUUUGUCUCUCAAAAGUUAGGAUUUGGUAAAGAAAAAAAGCAGCAGACAGAUUUGCUCCGGCUCCGCCUGCCCUCGACUACUUCAUCGGACUACACAGGAACAACCAGCCGACUGACCUCCCGAUGGCGACACCAAGAGGAGAGGUCACUGUUUCUGCUCUGCAAUUUGCUUGCACAGACGACGUCUCCACCAAUGUCGCCACCGCUGAAAGGCUGGUUAGAUCGGCGCAUGCAAAGGGUGCAAACAUAGUACUGAUUCAGGAACUAUUUGAAGGCUACUACUUCUGCCAGGCACAAAGGGAGGAUUAUAUUCAACGAGCUAAGCCUUAUAAAGAUCAUCCUACAAUUCUUAGGAUGCAGCAACUUGCAAAAGAGCUGGGUAUGGUGAUUCCUGUUAGUUUCUUUGAAGAAGCUAAUAAUGCCCAUUAUAACUCCAUAGCCAUAAUUGAUGCUGAUGGGUCAGAUCUUGGACUUUACAGAAAGUCCCAUAUCCCAGAUGGACCAGGCUAUCAGGAGAAGUUCUACUUUAAUCCUGGUGACACUGGGUUUAAGGUUUUCCAAACAAAAUUUGCGAAGAUUGGAGUUGCCAUUUGCUGGGAUCAGUGGUUUCCAGAGGCCGCCAGAGCUAUGGUUCUUCAAGGUGCAGAGAUUCUGUUUUAUCCUACAGCUAUAGGUUCUGAACCUCAAGAUGAUGGACUUGAUUCUCGUGAUCAUUGGAAACGCGUAAUGCAAGGACAUGCUGGUGCUAGCGUGGUGCCGUUGGUGGCUUCAAACCGCAUUGGGACGGAGAUCAUUGAGACAGAGCAUGGAAAAAGCAAGAUCACAUUCUAUGGGAAUUCUUUUAUAGCAGGACCUACUGGAGAAAUUGUUGCUGCUGCUAAUGACAAGGAUGAGGAUGUUUUAGUAGCCAAAUUUGAUCUGGAUAAAAUCAAGUCCAAGCGACAUGCUUGGGGAGUAUUUCGUGAUCGCCGACCCGAGUUAUACAAGGCUCUUCUGACUCUAGAUGGCACCAACCCCGUUUUAUAAGAGCUUCGGUCUCAAUCCUGUCAGUUUCCUAUUCUAGAAAGGUGGAAAGUUUAGGACCAUAGACACUAGACAACUUUCAAUUCCCCUAUUUAUAUUUCAAAGAUCAGCAUGAAGUAUGAAUUAAUUUAGUUUUGAAAGUGGAAACAUGUAUGAAUAGCUUCUGUUAUUUCGUUUGGAAUAUGAAAGUGCAUAACAUUGCACAUUCUCGGGAAAUAAGAAAGGAGCUGAAGUAUUCUUUCGUUAAAGUUUAAACUCCCAUGUCCCCAAAUUUGUUGUACUAAAACAACAACAUAAUUACUUAA